AAAGUGGUCAAAUUCACAAGUCUACUUCCACAAAAUGCCUCUUCUGCGCUUCACUUUCCCCGGGCCGCUACCAUCAUGGAAUCAAGAAUCCAAUCUGUAGAAGCAACAAAUAAGAAUGGAAAAUUAUCUAUAUCUAUCUCAGUUAUUAGGAAUCUUCAAGAAGACGUCGUUCUCAAGUAGUAUUACGUCUUCAUCACCCUGCAUCAGCAUGAACUUUUCAAUUUUUGUAUCUAAUUCAUGAUUGGUCUGAUAUUUAUCUCAUAUGGCGUUAAUUCAAAGCUUACUCUGUUUAACGCAUUUUAGGAUCUGUUGAUAGUCGUGGCUGUCAAUGUAACUGGGUCUUGCCCGUGCCGAUUCAAUCAAGGACGUCAUCCACCUUUUGAUAUAUCAUUUUUCUGUCAAUUAUUUCUCUAAACAGGAUUGCUAUUAUUCUUUCCGUUUUUCCAUUUUUGUGAAAUCUUGGAGCUGGAUGCUAUCCUGAGACAAGGGAUCAAGCAUCAAUCAUAGGAGGGAUUGAUUUUGAGGAAAAGAAAUUGAAAUGUGUAAUUUCUGCUGGUCGGGAUGUGAUGAAAAUUCUGGGAAAUUGAUUAAUAUCAAGAGGGGUAUUAAGGCUCUCCGGCAAAUGAUACUUUGAUCUACAUAUAGUACUCAAACAGUAUGUCUACCUAUGGACAUGAAAUGGAGCGUGAAUACUCUGCUCAAAGUCUUUUACGUGGAGGGAGUUCAGAAAUGGGAAGCCGUCAUAUCACAGAGACUGGAAUUUUCAUGUCGUCUUUUGCUGCUAUGGUCUUUGUUUCUGGACUCAUUACAGUUGGAGUCUCGUUGUUGUCCCUGCUGGUUGCACUGGCUGUAAUGUUACAUUCAUGUGAAAGUCGGAAUUCUGGAAUUCUUGAAAUGCACAGAUAUAAAGAUAACUAUGACUAUUGCAGAUAUUUUGCUCUGCAUGCAGAGCUGAACAGUUUAGAUGCAGAUUCAUUACCUGCAAUAUGCCGAGACGUUGAGAGAUUAUAUGUAAAAGAAGGUCAAUUCGGAAGAGAUUUAAAUAUUACAGUUGGGAUCGCUGAAGAAUUCUUUGGCAGUGUAAGACCACAAGUUGACAGCAGAGACAUUGUGCUCAUCGAUGCUGAUGACUUGGCAUCAGAAACUUUGUUUUCUUAUUAUUUGAUGCAUCGGAUCAACGAAGAUCUGUUGCAUGGGAGCAGUGGAGAUCCAGAUUACUUGAGGCACACUUUUGCCAGAAAGUUGUACCUGAAACUUCAAUCUGAUGGGUGGCCCUUGAUAUUGUUUUCAAGGAAACCUGAGAAACUACGGAGUGCUAUGGCAGAAUACCUUAUAUCGAUGGGAUGUCCUGGUUGGUCUUCCCUUAUAAUGAGGUUGACAUAUUCUCCUUAAUUACAUAGUCUAUAUGUAUUGCUGCUGCAGAAAAGAGAACGAAAUGCAAAUGAGUUUUCAAGAAUAUAUAUCGGGACAAAGGAUUAUAUUGCAACGAGAGGGCUUGCGGAUUAUAGCUGUUAUUAGCAGCCGAAUGGAUGCUCUAAGGGGCCCGUAUUUAGGCAAUCGCAUGUUCAAGUUUCCAAGCCCUAUGUUCAGACACAGCAUGGAAAAUCAUGUUGAGAGUCACGUCCAGAAGAGUAAAUAAUUACAGUGAAAAUACGAUGUACUUGUUCUUUCUCUUCUGAUGCAUAUUGCAUGCAUCUCGAUGUAUAAGCGGCCAUUCCAGGUUAAAAUUAUGUACUUCGUCAUUAGUAUUGUUGUUAUGAGGCAACUGCUUGUUGCUUGUCGAAAGUCUGCGGUAGAAAAACUCCCCUUGCAGACUAAAUUCUGUGAAAAACAAUCCACUUUCUGUACAAAAUGUAAUUCCCACUUGUGCAAAUGUUGUCAGCCAAUUCUUUAUGGGAGAUCAAAA